GCCCGGGAACCAUUUGAUUUGUCGAAUCCUAACACUCCGGUUGGCUGGCUUGCACUACUAGAACCAAUCUCGAAAACUCGAAGCCUGGGUAAAUGGGCCUUAGGCUUGGGAUGUUAGCACCCAUGUUCGACUUCGUCCCCACUCAAUCGCCCAAGAUCGUGAAGAUCUGGCAUCGACCGUUUUCCUCAAGCAACGUUGGAUCUGAUCGAAUCGACUUCAUCUCGAAUUGUCAAAGCUGUUGUGGAACCACGGGUAGAUUUGGGGCUGAGCGCCAGUCCCGAAGAGCCUCGCAUCUUGUCCCACCCCAUAGCCUGAUCUCGCCGGUCACUGCAGCUGACACGAUUUCUCGAUUUUGAUACUCGACGUGGAAAAGUGGCAUCGCAGCGCGUUCAUUGGAAGUCGACAGAGCCAAUAUCGCUCUGUGAUGCAGAGCUGGAAUCUAGACGCAGCCACCAUGGACACCCCCCACCAAAUGCGAACUCGUCCCCACGUCUCAUCGCCCGCCAGGUACCAUUGAAG